AUGGUCAGGGAAAUCAGCAGUAUGGAUCGAAUAUCGCAGUUGCCGGAAUCGGUUAUGCAACAAAUCCUCUUUCGCUUGCCUGCCCAAGAUGCAGUCCGUAUGAGCUUCUUGUCAACAACAUGGAAAAGUCUAUGGAACUCACUACCUGUCUCUGAAUUUAAUUUUUGUAUGGAAAGUAAAGGUGGUCUGGAUCGAAAGAGGAAAAGGUCAGAAGAGGAGUCUGUAACUUCUGUGGAAGAGUCCUUGAGAGUUCUACAUGAACAUGAAGAUCAGAAAAGGAUAGUUCACUUUAGGCUGAGAAGGACACUUCUCAAGAAAGAGCAAGCCUCUGAUAUCGACCGUUGGAUCAAGUUGGUCAUCAAACACUAUGUCCAAGUGCUGGAGCUCCACAUAAACAAAUUAUUCAAUUAUCAUGAUAAAUUAAUCCCAAGGUACAGUUUUCCUCCUGCUAGUUCAGAUCUUGGGUCAUUAGUUGCACUGAGGUUAUGUUCUUGUGAUAUUUCGAAGGAAGCCUUAAAGCAAGAGGGCAUGAGAUUUAGCUGCCUAAAAGAGCUCAAUUUUUCAUUUGUGGAUUUGAAUGGAUUAACCAAUGAGCUCCUUUCUAGAUGUCCUUCUAUUGAGAAUUUAAAAUUCAUUGACUGUAGAAACCUAAAAGAUCUUCAGCUCUGUGGAUUUUCCAAGCUCAAGAAUGUUGACCUAGGCUAUAAUGGAGUUUAUAGCUACAAAAUCGAAGCAUCCAAUCUUCAAACUCUUCGUUAUUGCAAUUGUUCACUGCCAAAAAACCCAUUGGACCUUGAAGCAAUCAACUGCAGUAAUUUAAAGGAGUGGAUAAUGGAAACUCCUCUCAGUGAAAUUAGCCGUCAAUAUAUUGAGACACUUCUUUUGAAAUUUCCCUUUCUUGAGAAGAUAAACUUGUCAGUCUCUUAUAAAUCAACAGAGCUGAAGAUCUUGAGUCACCAACUCAAGGCAUUAACAUUAAAUUUCGAAUAUGACAGUAAAAUAAAGAAGAUCAGCAUAGAGACUCCCAACCUUGUUUCUUACAAAUAUGUCGGUCACAAAUUUCAGCGGUCCUUUUCUUUGAAUUCUAUGAAGCUAGAAGAAGUUGAUCUUACACUAACACCCAGAAGUGCUAUUGGCACUUCAUGGUUUCUUCAACUGCUAGAAUAUCUUGGAAAGUUCACGCCAAAACAAGGGUUGGUCUUAACAUUUUUCUCUCCCCCAGUUAUCAGAUUUGCUCGGGAAGAAUUAAGAGAAGAAACAAGUUCUCCGGUUUCGAAAAUCAAGUUUUUGCAGGAUUUAUACAAGAAGUUAAUGUCGUAUAGAGAAAAAAAGGUCCUCUGCUGUGGAGACAGCCAUGUCAAAUGUUGGCGGCAUUACUUAAAGUCCGUUGAGAUUGAUAAGUUUUAUGGUAUUAAAGAUGGAAAGCGCAUGUUUGGCCGUGAAGGUUUAGCCUGCCCUGAAUUAUUGACAAAUCUUGAAGCAGUUUCUAGCAUCACUUUUAAGCUAACAUGGUAUUAG